GGUAAGGAGAGGGACUACUCGGCACACUUUGGUGUUUUUUGUGACAAUAUUUGAGAAGGUUUUGGUGUAACAGGUACCUGUUCUGAAACUUUUUCAGCUAGGGAAGCCGCGCAUCCCUUCGUGAUACCUGUUAUUUCCGUCAUCCUACCACUGCACGCGAUCCCGGGGUGACUGUUUGUCAGUCAUGUGUUAGAAGUGUCCACAAGUGAAACAGCGGCGUGGGACUUAAGUUUGCGAUCUGCAUGAGUGGGACCAUGCAAGAACAACACAACAGAGGAGUAAACAAUCUGAGGCUGGUGCUUCUGUGCCUCUUCGUUGCCAUUCUCGCCUCAGGAGUGCACGCGGGUGGGAAGAAACACAGUGGCCCCUGCGGAGGAAGAGACUGCAGCGGAGGCUGUAAAUGUUUCCCAGAGAAGGGUGCCAGAGGUCACCCUGGGCCUCUUGGUCCCGUGGGCCCCCUUGGGCCUCCAGGGAGACCAGGUGAUCCAGGCAUCCAAGGACAAAAGGGGCAGAAAGGUGACCGUGGCCAUGGUGGCAUCAUAGGUCCUAAAGGAAGUAUGGGAAUGACAGGAGUACCUGGGUUUUCUGGAAAUGAUGGCAUUCCUGGCCACCCAGGACAAGCUGGACCCAGGGGGAAGCCAGGUGCAGAUGGCUGUAAUGGGACUCAUGGAGAACCUGGGUCACCGGGACAAAUCGGUUAUAAUGGCUCACCUGGUUUUCCUGGACAACAUGGCAGGAAGGGAGAGAAGGGAGACUCCCUGGAAGUGACAGUGUUCAUGGAGCGUUUCAGGGGAGAUCCAGGCACACCAGGGAUCAAUGGAAUAUUUGGGCCUCCAGGAAGCCGAGGGUUUGUAGGUAGGGGGGGCUUCCCAGGACCAAAGGGUCCCCCAGGGCCUCCAGGCCCCCCAGGACCAAAGGGCACUAUGACCAAAGUGUUUAAGGGAGUCAAAGGAGACCAAGGGGACAUUGGACUACCAGGGCCUCAAGGAAACUCUACUCAACCCUACACUGGGCCCACUUCCGCACUCCCGGGACCUCUAGGAUUGAAGGGUCCGAAAGGAGACAGAGGAGAUUCGGCUGACAACAAAGGAGAAACCGGUGUAAUGGGAUUCCCUGGACAGCGAGGUGUAUCUGGUGCAGAUGGGAAUCCUGGAUCAAGGGGGGAUCCCGGUGAACGAGGACUAGUAGGCAGAGCUGGUCCUAAGGGAGUCAGAGGUGACGCAGGAGAUCUGAUUUUAUCACCAUCCCCUUGGCCUUCAGAAGCCGGCCUUCCUGGUCUCCCUGGUGAGCAGGGUCCACAAGGAGAGAGGGGCCCGGUAGGAGACCAAGGCUUCCCUGGACCCCCAGGAGGCUACGACUUUCACUCACAGCAACAAGUAUUUGAUUUCACAGGGCCGUUUGGUUUGAAGGGGGAGCGAGGGGAGAAGGGUCAACAAGGAGAACCAGGACUCCCUGCUGUCAGUGCAGGACGUCCAGGCAGCGAUGGGCGCCCAGGGUUCAGGGGCCUUCCAGGUCCCAAAGGAACAUGGGAAGAGUUCUUCAAGGGGGCUCCAGGUGGGAGAGGAAGACCAGGCAAUGCAGGCUCCAAAGGAGUGAGAGGUGAUCAUGGGGAAUGUGAGUGCACUGUUGUGAACUCUCCACCUGGGCCACCUGGCCCUUCCGGUGAACAUGGCGAUGCUGGGAUGACUGGAGAGUUUGGUAUGGAGGGUGAUUUAGGAGAGCCAGGUCCCCAAGGAGAUGAUGGAUUCCCAGGAUCUCCCGGACUUAGAGGUGUGCCAGGUCCAAAAGGCCAGAAAGGUCUCUUAGCUGUGGCUAAAGAGAAAGGAUAUGCUGGAGACCAAGGGGUUCCUGGGCAAGUUGGUGAGCCAGGAGUGUCGGGUGCCCAAGGCCAAGAUGGUCAACCCGGUGUCCCUGGCAACCGAGGUCUUACAGGGGACAGUCCCAGGGGAGAACGUGGAGACAAAGGUUACCCAGGUCGACCUGGUCGACCCGGUGCAGCCGGGCUGAGAGGAGAACCGGGUUUGGUCCUUGGGGGUUUCAAAGGCCAGCCUGGUCUACCCGGUGAUGAUGGCCUUGCAGGCUAUCAUGGAGUCCCAGGAACACCUGGCAGCCCAGGCGGCUGUAGUCGGACAGGAGAUGGAGGACAGGUGGAUGUAACAGGUCCUUGCGAGGCUCUUCCAGGACCUCCUGGGCUGCCUGGACUUCCAGGACCAAGUGGAUCAACUGGUUUAUCAGGUCUUCAAGGCCAAAAAGGAUCACAGGGUCCAUAUGGAGCACAGGGAGAGAAAGGAGAAACAGGAGAGCAAGGUCGAGGUGGCCGUCCGGGACCACCAGGUUUUGCCGGACCCCGUGGAGACUUGGGAGUUCCUGGCAGCAAAGGUUCAGUGGGAAACCCUGGUUUGCCUGGUGUGCCCGGACGGAACGGGGCAGAGGGUGAGAAAGGUUUUCAUGGAGAAAUCAUGGGAGCAUCACCCGGACCCCCUGGUGACCCAGGACUGCCUGGGCUUCAGGGGAAUAAAGGCCCGAUUGGAGUUCAAGGAGAGCCAGGCUAUCCAGGAAUGAUCGGUAUGCCUGGUAUGAUCGGUUUAAAGGGUGAGACUGGCCCUUCUGGCCUGCAAGGGGAGCAAGGGAGGCCUGGGCCAGCGGGCAAGUAUGGCUUCCCUGGUGAUCCUGGCACAGCAGGUCCACCUGGGUCUCCUGGCGUCACUGGACAACCAGGAUUCACUGGAGAGAGGGGAAGUGAAGGAGACCCGGGCCCUCCAGGUCCAAUAGGGCUAAAAGGGGUCCCAGGGCCAUAUGGAAAUGAUGGUGCUGUUGGUGAGGACGGCUUCCCAGGUGACCAAGGACAGAUUGGUCAACAUGGACGCACAGGACUUCAAGGAAUAAAAGGAAUCACAGGGUCUCCCGGGAUGUCGGGUUUUGAGGGGGUCAGGGGUGAUAUAGGGUUGAAGGGCUUUGGUGGGCUGAAAGGAGAACCUGGAGUGACAGGUCAAUUUGGCCCUAAAGGACUGAAAGGUCAAACUGGAGAGAAAGGUGAGCGUGGUUUAAUGGGGCCGCCUGGGGAGAAGCCUCAUAUCCCUCUCUAUAUGAUUGUCGACAUGAAGGGACUCAAGGGAGACCGUGGAUAUUUCGGAAACCAAGGUUUCACCGGGCCAAGAGGUGCUAAGGGUUUACCUGGUGUACCGGGCCAUGAGGGAACUCACGGCCUUCCUGGAGACCCCAGCAAUGAGAAAGGUUACCAAGGGGAUCCAGGUGCACAGGGGCUGCCGGGGAUGAAAGGAAUGCCAGGCAUAACUGGAAAUCGAGGAAUUACUGGCUUUCACGGGAUGACUGGUAAUAAAGGAAUUAAAGGAAGUCCUGGUGCCUAUGGUGCAUCAGGAGAAGGAGGAAGGAAGGGAGUCAAAGGUGACAAAGGUGUCCGUAUAGACGUUCCAGGAUCUACUGGACUAAGAGGAGAGAUUGGUGUCCCAGGAGAGCAAGGUGAGAAAGGAUUAUUUGGACAGACUGGGGAGAGGGGCCCCUCUGGUUUUGAUGGUAUCGAAGGGAAAAGGGGAGAGCCAGGUGAUCCAGGCACAUCAGGAUACACGGGUUCAGAUGGGCAGAAAGGAACUCCUGGUAACCAAGGUCAAAAGGGUUUUCCUGGAACGCCUGGACGAGAAGGGCACCCAGGCUUUCCUGGGUUCCCAGGAAACAAAGGUUUCCCUGGCCCAAAGGGUCUUUAUGGAUUACAUGGACUAAAGGGACAAAAGGGUAUCUCUGGAACUCCAGGUGUGGAUACCAUUGGACCAGCUGGACAGCCAGGAACUAAAGGAGAGAGGGGAGACACCGGUGAUCCCAACAACCAGCAGGGUGUUCCGGGUACAUCGGGUUUGAAAGGCUUCCAGGGAGCUCAAGGUGAUCAGGGUCAACCUGGACUAGCUGGAUUACUCGGCCCUGAAGGACCAGAUGGGACCCCAGACAGACCAGGAGCCACUGGGGAAAUUGGAUAUGUAGGACCUAAAGGAUACCAAGGUUUCCCUGGAGCCAGAGGUCUUCCUGGUGAAGAUGGUCCAACUGGAGAAAAGGGUAUAUCAGGAUUCAAUGGGUAUCCCGGACUCCCUGGUAGGAAAGGAUUCCAAGGAGACCAAGGUGCAUUUGGAUACAGAGGACCUAAUGGUGUCUCUGGGAAGAAAGGAGUGAAAGGAGAGCAAGGAUUGAUGGGAGUUCCUGGUAUGAUUGGUGUGAAGGGAGAGAGAGGACCAGCUGGUCCAAAAGGAACCACUGGACCCCCUGGUUUCCGUGGGUUUCCAGGCAAACAGGGUCCUACUCCCCAGCCCAUCAAAGUUCCAGGAGAGAGAGGCCCACUGGGACCACAGGGUAUCCAAGGACCAAAGGGGGUUAAAGGGGAACCAGGGCCCAAGGGACCCCCUGGGGAAUCAGGUUUCAUGGGACCCAUUGGGCAAAAGGGCAUGCCUGGGAUUGGUGGUACACCAGGAAUACCUGGAUUCCGUGGACAGAGUGGACAAACGGGUCACCCUGGUCUGCAAGGCAUGGAAGGUCACCGUGGCAAACCUGGUAUCAGUGGGUUACCUGGUAUGCCUGGCCGCAGUGUCAGUGUGGGUUACUUGUUGGUUAAACACAGUCAAUCAGAACAGACGCCCAUGUGCCCUGUGGGCAUGUCUAAACUGUGGGACGGAUACAGUCUGCUGUACCUUGAGGGUCAGGAAAAGGCCCACAACCAGGAUCUUGGUUUGGCUGGUUCCUGCCUCCCACGGUUUAACACCAUGCCCUUCCUGUACUGCAAUCCUGGAGACAUUUGUUACUAUGCCAGCAGAAAUGAUAAGUCCUACUGGUUGUCAACAACAGCUCCGCUUCCUAUGAUGCCUGUAGAAGAGGGAGAGAUCAAACCGUAUAUCAGCCGCUGCUCAGUAUGUGAGGCUCCAUCAGUUGCCAUAGCAGUCCAUAGCCAGGACGUCACUAUCCCACAGUGCCCAGUGGGCUGGCGCAGCCUGUGGAUUGGCUACUCUUUUGUCAUGCAUACAGCGGCAGGAAAUGAAGGUGGGGGUCAAUCCUUGUCAUCGCCUGGCUCCUGCCUGGAGGACUUCCGAACAACACCAUUCAUCGAGUGUAACGGGGCCAAAGGCACAUGCCACUAUUUUGCUAACAAGCACAGCUUCUGGCUAACCUCCAUAGAUCAGUCGUUUCACACUCAGCCGGUAUCAGAGACGCUCAAAGCAGGCCAGCUCCUGUCACGCAUCAGCCGUUGCCAGGUCUGCAUGAAGAACUUGUGAAAGACACUACAGUAACGCUGACAAAAAGAGGUUGUUCCAUUGACAGUGGUCUAGUGUCAUCUCUCUAUCCAUGUACUAAACCUAUCAGCAAAGGGGAUCUGAAACAUCGACUUAGAUCAAUGUGAAUGGGAAGCUUCCUCCCCAAGCCACAGAGCUCAGAUAUGCAAUGACUGUUUGACGCCUUGAGCUUUGAGUGAAAAGAGUCCCGCUGUAGAUAAGACAGAAGCCCUGUAAUGAAGUCAGCAGCAUUAUGGGAAAACAAGUAUUUUUAUGUUAAAUGUGGAUUGGUGCUUACUGUUAACUUAUUACCUCAGCUACUAUGACACAGAUCAGAGACCGUACUCUACAGCUGAACCAAAGAUGCCAAUGUAUAUGCACAGCUUCAGUUUAUCUACAUGUUUUCAUCUUUUAGGACUUACAGCCCACCAUAAAGCCACUAACACUGCUUCUCAAGGAGGUAAAAGAAUGUGUCAUGAGAGGUCUUGAACUGUUGUUGGUUGAUACUAUUGACAGUAUUAUCCUGCUUUUAUGAUAUUGUGCCUACAACAUUUUAUAAAAUGACAUGUUUUUAAGUUGUUAAUCUGUUUAUGCAUUUAUCAACUAUGGCAAAUUUCUCUCUUCAUUUUUUAUAAUUUUUCAUACACCAUACAUUCACACAAUGCACUGAUUCUCUUUGUAUUUAUAUCAACUGAAUGAACUUGACCCCCUUCCCCUAAGAGUUUUAAAUAUAUAUAUAUAUAUCUUAUCUAAUACUACCCACGUCACACUCAUUUUCCUAAGCUACUAAUGAUUGAACCGCCCCAAGCUGCCAACCAGACAGAAAGUAAACAGUCUGGAUCAAAGGUCUGACUGCAGCAAAUCCUCGCUCUGGUCAGUGAUCCUGGCUUAGAUUAGAAUAUUUCAUACAAAUUAGAAAGUAGGAAAAAAGUAAACACACUUGUUUGGACAUAAAAAGACUGAUUAUAAAGAUACUGACACCAUUUGUUUUCAUUGCAAUGUAAUUACUGUAAUUCCCAUAACAUAAUAAUUUCAUUGAAUUGUAAAGAUUAAAUGUUGUUUGUAAUA